AUGCCGGCGCCGGGACCCCGGCAGCGCGGGCAGAGCUGCCCGUGCCCGGGGGUGCGGACGAGGCUGCCGGUCCUGCGCUGGCUCCCGCGCUAUUCUCUGGCCUGGCUGCAGCUCGACCUGAUCGCCGGCCUGACCGUGGGGCUCACCGUCGUGCCGCAGGCGCUGGCGUACGCCGAGGUAGCCGGGUUGCCUCUCCAGUACGGCCUCUAUUCUUCCUUCAUGGGCUGCUUUGUCUACUGCAUCCUGGGCACCGCCAAGGACGUGACGCUGGGUCCCACAGCCAUCAUGUCGCUGCUUGUCUCUUCGUACGCAUUCCAUGAGCCUGUCUAUGCCAUCCUGCUCGCCUUCCUCUCUGGCUGCAUCCAGCUGGCCAUGGGGCUCCUGCACCUCGGUUUCCUUCUGGACUUCAUUUCCUCCCCAGUCAUUAAAGGGUUUACAUCAGCUGCUUCCAUCACCAUUAGCUUCAACCAGGUCAAGAACAUCCUGGGGCUGCAGGGGAUCCCUCGGCAGUUUUUCCUGCAGGUGUAUGAGACGCUGCGGAGGAUCGGGGAGACCAGGGCUGGGGACGCCGUCCUGGGGCUGGCCUGCCUGGCCGCGCUGGCAGGGCUCCGGGCGAUGAAGAGCCGCCUGCCCCGAGCUGCCCGUGCGGAGCCGCUGGCUGCCAGGGUCAGCUACCUGAUCGUCUGGACCUCCGCCACGGCACGCAACGCCCUUGUAGUCCUGUUUGCUGGUCUGGUUGCUUACUCCUUCCAAGUGAUGGGCUCCCAGCCGUUCAUGCUCACCGGCAGCAUCCCCCGGGGCCUCCCUGCCUUCCGGCUGCCACGCUUCUCCAUGGCUGCACCCAACGGCACCGUCACUUUCCAGAGCAUGGUGGAGGACAUGGGGGUCGGGCUGGCCGUGGUCCCGCUCAUGGGUCUGCUGGAGACCAUUGCGAUUGCCAAGGCUUUUGCCUCGCAGAACGAUUACAGGAUUGACCCCAACCAGGAGCUGCUGGCUAUGGGCUUUGCCAACGUCUUGGGCUCCUUCGUCUCAUCGUAUCCCAUCACGGGCAGCUUUGGCCGGACAGCGGUGAACGCGCAGUCGGGGGUCUGCACCCCCGCGGGAGGGCUCGUCACAGGCGCCCUGGUCCUGCUCUCGCUGGCGUACCUCACCUCGCUCUUCUACUACAUCCCCAAAGCGGCGCUGGCUGCCGUCAUCAUCUCGGCUGUGGUCCCCAUGUUUGAUGCUGGGAUCUUCAGGACGCUCUGGCGGGUUAAGAGGCUGGACCUUGUACCCCUCUGUGUGACGUUCCUGCUCUGCUUCUGGGAGGUCCAGUAUGGCAUCGUGGCUGGGGUGCUGGUCUCGGGGAUUCUCCUGCUCUACUCCAUUGCCAGGCCCCCAAUAAAGGUGUCGGAGGGGGACGUGCUCCUCGUGCAGCCGGGGAGCAGCCUGCACUUCCCAGCCAUCGAAUGCCUCCAGGAUGCCGUGUGCAGCCGCGCUCUGGCAGGAGCAUCUCCACCACGCUCCGUCAUCCUGGACUGUUGCCACAUCAGCAGCAUCGAUUACACGGUGGUGGUGGGGCUGGCAGAGCUGCUGCAGGAGCUGCGCAAGCACGGCCUCUCGCUGGCCUUCUGCAGCCUGCAGGACCCCGUUCUCCAAGUCCUGCUAUCUGCAGACUUAGAAGGAUUCCAGCAUUUCCCCAGCCGGGAGGAGGCAGAGCGGUGCGGAGGAGCGGAGCCGGGGGGCGGUGGGGCAGCCCCCUUCGCCAGCACCAGCCAGAGCUCGCUGCUGCCCGCGGGGCUCAUCCAGUGAGUCCAGGAGCUGCCUGGGACCUCCCCAGGGGCAGCGUCACCUUGCCGUCUCCUUGCCUCCGAUUGCGCCGGGGCUGUACGUCCUGUGCCGCGCAGAGCAGUGGCCGUGACACCCCGGUGACAUCCGACCAACAGCCUCCACGGGAGCCGCCUGCCCCUGCCCUGCCUCCUGGGCCGCUGGGUGGGAUGCCUGUCGGGGGACCGUGCCCAUGUCCCACGCAGGGGAGCGCUGAGCAGCACCAGCCCAACCCCACGCCGGCUGCGCAGGCGGCACGAGGGGAGGGAGUGCUGGUGGAGACACUGGGACCAGGGGUCCGGCUGGUCCCACACUGGUUCCCCAGCCCCGCCGGAGCUCUGGCACCUCGCCGCCUCUGCAGGCCAAGGACAGGCGGUCCGUGGAAGGGGUUAGUGGGGCGAAAUGGUUCCCUAUCACAGUCAUUGGGAAAAAGCCAUCCCGCCUCCAGGCCUUCCCCAUCCUCGAAGCUGCUGCCUUUUUUAAAUCAGCUGUUUUAAUUCUGGAGACUUUUCUUAUUCUGGGACAUACUGAACUGUGACACAGAGUGUACUCUUGUCAAAGCGAGUUUCAAGGAUGUUGGCGCUGCCCUCCAAGCCUAAGGGCACGCUGCAGCUCUCAACCUCAGGCUGCUAGGAGAUGACAAACAUCAGUGAUUUUGCUCCUUACUGAUCCCUCUUGGUUUGUGGGGUGUUCUGCCAAAUGCUGCCAUCGGGCAGGGCUGGGCUGUCCCCCCGUGGGUGCAGCCCCUCGCCUGACUCCUGCCAGGCACCGGAGGGGACAGGCACUGUGACACCAGCUUGUGCUUGCCUUGCUGUGAAAUGGGUGCAAAAAGCAAUAGUGCUGUCAGGUAGCGGGGCUGGGGAGGGCAGGGUUCAGGAGAAAGCAGUUUUCCUAAACUGCCCUUGGCUGACAGCCCCGUAAGGAGGGUAUAAU